GCCAGCCCUCCUCAGUGCGCCGGCGCUUCAGUGCGGGCAGCGAGCGCGGCGGUGUGUAGUGUCACUGGGUCGGCGCCAUGGGCCUGCGGUGGUUGGCGGCCCUUGCGUGCCUGGCUUGGGGUGCCUCAGGGCAGUACCGCCCUCCGCACAACGGCUCCGGCUCUGUGGGGCCGUACGGCCGCGCCAGCCCGGACAGCUACGACAGGCGGGACGGCGACAUCUACCACGAGCGGGGUGACAUCGACACCUAUGACCAGACGACCACGGAGGGCCCCGAGGAGGACGAAGAUUCCUACGACCAGGAAGGCGCGGGGACCGAGGCCGCCGGCGGCUACGACCCGUACUCUGGGGGCAGGAGAAGGACAGACUACUCCUCCGGUGGUGGUUCGGGGACAUACGGCCGCGCCGGAUACCCUGGGGGAGGGUCCGGGACCUACGGUUCCUCUGGCACUUAUGGCAGCCCUGGUUCCCCAGGUGAAGAUGGAACACCUGGUGAGGCAGGCGAACCCGGAAGAUCAGACGGUUAUGGGAGUUCCAGAGGGUACGGCUCCUCUGGGAGUUAUGGCAAUUCUGGUGGAUAUGGCAGCCCUGGUUCUCCAGGUGAAGAUGGAACACCUGGUGAAGCAGGCGAACCCGGAAGAUCAGACGGUUAUGGGAAUUCCGUAAGUUACGGCUCCUCCAGAGGUUACGGCUCGUCUGGCACAUACGGCAGAUCUGGCGGCUAUGGCAGCCCUGGUUCCCCAGGUGAAGAUGGAACACCUGGUGAAGCAGGGGAACCCGGAAGAGCAGGCGGUUAUGGGAGUUCCAGAGGUUACGGCUCUUCCGGGAGUUAUGGUUCCUCCGGCACGUAUGGCAAUUCUGGCGGGUAUGGGAGCCCUGGUUCCCCCGGUGCAGAUGGGACUCCUGGCGAGGCAGGGGAACCCGGAAGAGUAGGAGGAUACGGAAGUUCCAGAGGGUACGGCUCCUCUGGGAGUUAUGGCUCCUCUGGUACCUAUGGCGGUUCUGGUGGGUAUGGGAGCCCUGGUUCCCCUGGUGCAGAUGGGACACCUGGAGAGGCAGGGGAACCUGGAAGAGCAGGCAGUUACGGGAGUUCCGGUGGGUACGGCUCCUCCGGGAGUUAUGGCUCCUCCGGCAGGGUAGGGUCCGGUGGGUACGGCGGGGCGGCGGGCGGCUCUGGCGGUGACCAGAGCAGCUCUGGGGCUUCGUGGAGCUACGGAAACUCCGGCAGCAGCAGCUACAACACAUUCCCAGUGCUGGGGCCUGACGGCCGGCCGCGAGGAAACUGCACGGGCUCAGGCUGCUGCAUCCCCAAGUGCUUUGCUGAGAAGGGAUCUCGGGGUUCUCCCGGACUGCCAGGCCUGACGGGACCCAAAGGACAGCAAGGGUUCCCCGGCACGGAAGGACUUCCGGGAUCGAAGGGCGACAAGGGCGAGCCAGGGCCCCAGGGGACAAGAGGACCAAAAGGAGACAGAGGCAAGAUGGGGAUGCCGGGAUUUCCCGGAAUCAACGGUAUUCCAGGACUGCAGGGUCCACCUGGGUCACCUGGACUUCCCGGACUUGACGGUUGCAAUGGCACAGAUGGAUCUCCUGGCUUGCCCGGCCUGCCGGGCGAGAGCGGACCCCGUGGCUUCCCCGGGCAGCCGGGGCGGUCGGGCCCUAAAGGGGAGCCCGCCUACGCGGGACCCUACCCCAAGGGCGAGAAGGGUGAGCCGGGACUCGACGGCGUGCGGGGCCCGCCCGGCAACCCCGGGCAGGAGGGCUUGCCGGGCCGAGCGGGCUUGAAGGGAGAGAUCGGACCGAUGGGCCCGCAAGGGCUGCCGGGCCAUAAGGGCGAGAAGGGCAACAUGGGACUGGGCUACGAGGGCCUGAAAGGGCAGAAGGGAGUGAAGGGCGAGCGGGGACCGGAAGGCAGGCCCGCCAUCCUGCCCGCCACCGGACAGAAGGGCGUCAACGUCGGCCCGAAGGGAGAACCAGGCAACAAAGGAGACACCGGCGAGCAAGGCCCUCAGGGCCAGAAGGGCGAGCCGGGAAUGACCGGCGACUCGGGAGUGCCCGGGCAAAUCGGAAUGAUCGGCGAGAAAGGACUGCCCGGGCCAGCCGGUCCCAGGGGCCGGGACGGGUUCUCGGGCCCGCCGGGGCCGCUGGGCCAGAAGGGCGACCGCGGGCCGGACGGACUGCCGGGGCUGAACGGCCAGCCCGGGCCCAAGGGGGAGCCGGGUUACGACGGUCCCGCGGGACCUCCGGGCCUCCGGGGACCGCCGGGCCCUCCCGGGGGUGGUCUGGGCCGGCCCGGGCCGCCUGGUCCGGUCGGACCGCGGGGGUACCCCGGACCGCGAGGCCCCAAGGGAGACGACGGGUGGCCCGGACAGCCGGGACUUCGCGGGCCCACGGGUCCCAUCGGAGGCCCCGGAGUGUCUGGUCAGCCUGGGCUGGAAGGACUUCCCGGAGAGAAGGGCGCGAAGGGAGAGCCGGGACUCAUAGGAUACCCCGGCCAAGAAGGGCAGAUAGGGUACCCGGGACCCCCGGGCCCCGCAGGGCCAAGAGGUUUCCCCGGCGAGAAGGGAGCGUCCAUCACGGGACCUAAGGGCUUGGACGGCAUCCCAGGACGCAAUGGCGAGAAGGGGGCGAAGGGAGAGAAGGGCUACCCAGGGCCGCACGGCAUCCCGGGAGACUCUGUGAACGGCAUUCCCGGACUGCCCGGACCAUCGGGGGCCCGCGGAGAGCCCGGCACCCCAGGAAGACCCGGAGUCCAGGGACCCAAAGGAGAGCCGGGGUUCGCCGGGCGCCCGGGCGGGACGUGUGCGGCCUGCCUCCCGGGGCUGAACGGCGAGAAGGGCGACCGGGGGCUGGACGGAGUGCCGGGGCUGCAGGGCCAGAGGGGUCCCUCCGGGGAGAGGGGCUACCCCGGGGUGCCCGGCGAGGACGGGCUGCCCGGCCCGGUGGGACUCCCCGGUUUGUCGGGAGAGCCCGGGAUCCCGGGAAUCCCGGGGUCGCAAGGGCAGAAGGGAGACUCGCCGACGCUGCCGGCCAACCAGGUGAUCUACCCCGCGGGCGACAAGGGCGACCGGGGGGAGCCCGGGCGGCCGGGCCCCGUCGGACCGCGGGGGCUGCCGGGGAUCAAGGGCGACCGCGGCCUGCCAGGGCUGCCCGGCAUCAAGGGAGACACGGGCGAGAGAGGCUUCCCCGGCCAGGACGGCAUCCCGGGCCAGCCCGGCUACCCGGGCAGCAAGGGGGACAAGGGCUUCAGCAUCAAGGGCGACAUGGGGCCCUCGGGCCUCCCAGGCGGGCGCGGCGAGAAGGGCGAGCCGGGCUACAAGGGCACCAAGGGCGAGCCCAGCAACUGCCCCACGCCGUCCGACAUCAGGGACAAGAUCAAGGGCGCGAAGGGCGUAUCCGGGGAGAAGGGCGAGCCGGGUCCGCCGGGCAGGGACGGCUACCCGGGAGAGAAGGGACUCCAAGGGCUGAGGGGAGACUCCGGACCGCAGGGACCGCAAGGCCUGCCGGGACCGGUGGGCCCACGCGGCCUGCCGGGGCCCCGCGGAGACAAGGGAGACGCCGGACCAAUGGGCUUCCCCGGAGAGCCGGGACGGGACGGCACCAGGGGAAUGCCAGGACUGUCGGUCAAAGGCGACAAGGGGGAGCAGGGCGUGCCCGGGAUAGGUCCCCCGGGACCGGCCGGCCCCGAGGGCGUGAAGGGGGAGAGGGGGCUGCCCGGACCCGCCGGGAAGUACGGCAUCCCGGGAAGCCCAGGGCUGCAAGGGCUGCAGGGCGAGAAGGGUGACAGGGGCAGCGACGGCCUGGACGGACUGCCCGGGAGCAUCGGGCCGAAGGGAGACCCGGGGCCCUGGGGCCCGGUGGGACCCGCGGGGGCGCCCGGCCUGUCCGGGCGCGACGGAACCAAAGGAGAGCCUGGCCUGCCCGGAGAGCCCGGGCGACCGGGGCUCGCCGGCUUCCCGGGCCCCAAAGGAAACGCCGGCGUUCCCGGCGCGGACGGUCCCAAAGGAUUCCAAGGACAACGCGGACGACCCGGCGACCCAGGGCCGCCGGGCAUGGACUGCUUCCAGGGCCCCCCGGGCGAGAAGGGGGCCCGGGGGCCAGACGGCUUCCCCGGGGAGCAAGGCUUCGACGGCCCGGCCGGACUGCCCGGCCCCGCGGGCCUCAAGGGCGACAUGGGCCCGGUCGGGCCGGCAGGCAUCUCCGGGCUGCCCGGCUUCACGGGACCCAAGGGAGACCGGGGGCUGCCAGGACCACAGGGCAGGAAAGGUGACGCCGGCCUGGUGUCGGAGAAGGGGCAGAAGGGCGAGCCUGGUAUUCCCGGGCUCCGCGGGCCCGAGGGCCGCCCCGGCCUCGACGGCCUGCCCGGGGCCAAGGGAGACGCCGGCCUGCCGGGGAUCGGCCGGCCCGGGAUCCCCGGGACGAAGGGCGAGCGCGGGGUGCCCGGGAUCGACGGCCUCCCGGGCCAGUACGGAGACAAGGGCGACAAGGGGUACCCGGGGCUGCCCGGAGCGAAGGGAGAGGCGGGACUGCCGGGUCUGUACGGCGAGACCGGGCCCCCUGGCCUUGACGGCCUGCCGGGGCCCGUGGCAGAGCUCGGCCCGCAGGGACCCCAGGGACUGCCGGGCGUGAAGGGGGAGAGGGGCUUUCCCGGACGGAACGGCAUGGACGGACCCAAAGGAGACCAAGGACUCCCCGGUCCCUUCGGCCCGGUGGGGCUGCCCGGCCAAAUCGGCGACAAGGGCGACCGCGGCCCGCCGGGGCCCAUGGAGACCGUCAAGGGGGAGAAGGGCGAGCCCGGGCCAUCGGGACUGCCCGGCCGGCCGGGCGCCAAAGGAGAGCGCGGCUUCGACGGCAUCCCGGGCAGGGACGGCGAGAAGGGAGUGCAGGGCCUGCCCGGACCCCGGGGCCUCAGCGGGCCCAUGGGAGCACCUGGGGCUAAAGGAGAAACGGGCAUGGAGGGAAUAGUGGGGCCGCCCGGCCUCACCGUCAAGGGGGAGAAGGGGCUGCCGGGACUCCCGGGCAAGAAUGGACGACACGGCGCCCCCGGCCUGGUGGGACAGAAGGGCGAGCAAGGGCUGCCCGGCCUGCCCGGCAUGAAGGGCGAGACGGGCUGGCCCGGGCCGCUGGGGCCGGCCGGGGAGAAGGGCGACCGGGGACUGGAGGGCCCGCCGGGACAGCCGGGCCUGGACGGGGCCCCCGGGUUGCCGGGACGGGACGGCACGCCCGGGAUCCCGGGCGAGAAGGGGGAGUUGGGGCCGCCCGGCCUGUACGGCGCCCCGGGACAGAAGGGAGAAGCGGGACCGCCAGGACGGGACGGCUUCCCCGGGACGCCGGGCGCGAAGGGGGACCGGGGCCUCGACGGACGGCCCGGCCCGCCUGGCGCGCCGGGCGAGAAGGGCGACCGAGGGUUCCCGGGACAGCCGGGGCUCGCCGGGGAGCGGGGCUUCCCCGGGGACCGGGGCGACAAGGGCGAGCGCGGGGUCGGCCUGCUCGGCCAGAAGGGCGAGCGGGGCCCGCCAGGGAUACCGGGCCGCCACGGAGAGCGCGGCCCGCCGGGACUGGACGGACUGUCGGGACUGCCCGGACCGAAGGGAGAGCCAGGCCUGCCCGGACUCGAGGGACUGCCCGGACCGCUGGGCCCGCCGGGCCCCCAGGGAGAGAUGGGACUCGACGGCAUCGCGGGAGCGCAGGGGCAGCGGGGAGACAUCGGCCUGCCCGGGGAGCCGGGCCAGCCGUGCGAGACGCAGGGCGACUACACCACCGGCAUCCUGCUGGUGAAGCACAGCCAGAGCCCGGAGGUGCCGGCGUGCGAGCCGGGGCACAUCCGGCUGUGGGACGGCUACAGCCUGCUGUACAUCGAGGGCAACGAGAAGGCGCACCACCAGGACCUAGGCUACGCUGGCUCCUGCGUGAGGAAGUUCAGCACCAUGCCCUUCCUGUUCUGCGACUUCAACAACGUGUGCAACUACGCCAGCCGCAACGACAAGUCCUACUGGCUGUCCACGUCCGCACCCAUACCCAUGAUGCCCGUCGAGGAGAACAACAUAAGACCGUACAUUUCGAGGUGCGUGGUUUGCGAGGCGCCGGCCAACGUUAUCGCGGUCCACAGCCAGGGACUGAACAUUCCGGACUGCCCUCGCAGUUGGACGGGACUCUGGUUGGGCUACAGUUUCGUCAUGCACACUGCGGCGGGGGCGGAGGGAGGGGGCCAGGCCCUGGCCAGCCCCGGCUCCUGCCUCCAGGACUUCCGCGCCACGCCCUUCAUCGAGUGCAACGGGGCGCGCGGCACCUGCCACUACUUCGCCAACAAGCUCAGCUUCUGGCUGGCCACCAUCGAGGGCGACAGCCAGUUCCGCCAGCCCCAGAGCGAGACGCUCAAGAGCGGCAACCAGCGCAUGCGCGUCAGCCGGUGCCAGGUGUGCAUCAAGAACACGUAGCGCGCCAACCCCCACCCGCCACCACCACCCCCCCACCACCGAUCGCGGGGACCCGGGAGGGGAGGGGUGAAGGACGAGCGCCGUCUGUUCGCGACGUGACCGCUCGGGAAGCGGCGCGGAAGCAGGCUUGAACGGAAAGCGGCGAAUCGGAAAAGUCAAAAUUAAGCAGCUAGGUUUUCUAGGUAAAAAAAAAAAUCUAAUUGUUUGCAGACACAAUUCAAAGACAACUUUCACAGAAUUUUAAAAAAAAAUACAUUUUGUGUCUUUAAAACCUAUUUUAAUUCGAAAAAAAAAAUUUAAAAAAAAAUGGCGCAUAAAAAUUAAAUCAAAGUUGGCCUGGUGGCAAGUAUAAAGUUGGUUGCAAUACUUCCGCAUUUCAAGUUCGGAAACAUACAAGAGCUAACGGAGAUUGGCCCCUCCCCUGCUGAGGUAAUUAAUCAUGUUAGUGCAAAAAUAUUCAUCAAGAUCCUUUGCACAUUGUGUUCAUAAGACAAAAAAAACUAUCACGUGUUCCUCAUCUGCUUAUGAUUUUUUUUUUAAUUAAAAUUUUUGCUUAUACUUAUUUCUUACUUUCAUCCAUUGUGCCAUUCGUAUAAAUUGUGUAUUUUACAAUUUCGAACAUCUAAAUGGUGUACAAUUACAAUGCAAACAUAACAACAAUAAGUUACAAAAAAAGUAUUAACACCAUAAAAAAAAAAGCAGGUUGCAAUGUAGCAUACUGCAUUCAUUAGAUCUAGGAGAAAUAAGAAAUUUAUACUUUUGACUAAUUCAUUGGAAGCAUGAAUUUCUUCACAAUACACACAAUUUUUUUUUUUUUUUUUGCAAUUGUAAAAUUGUAAUGGUGCUAUAUAUAAAAUUUUACUUAAGUGUAUAAAAGAAUUAUAAUAUAGAAAAGAGGAACUUAUGUUGAAUUUGUUAAUUGUGGCAUGUUGUAACUUCUACUUAAAAACCAAUGGUAGGAAAUGGGUAGUUUACUGUGACAGUAAGGAUUAACAAAAAUUCCCUUGUAACUUGUGUAAAGUUUGUCCGAGUGGAUGCGUCUGUGGAAAGCUCUAGUCGAGUAAUUUUCCAACAAUGCCAUGGGAAAUAAUGCCAAUAGUUAAUGUCUACAUUUUAUUUUAUUUUUUUGUUCAACGCUUUGAAGAAACUGUGCCGAAACAUUCACGAGAGUCGUACUCAAGUUUUUGUUUUGGAAAAUGUGUGCCAAAUUAUGUGUUACGUGAUUUUACUUUCUACUUUUUCCAAUCAAUUUUCCAAGCAUUCCAUUCUUGAAUCUUGCCCAGUAUAAUACUGGUAGUUUUCCAGUUCUGUUGUUUCUAGUUAUUGAUCAUGCUGCAAGACAGUGUCAUUAUGAAACUAUUAUCAUUAUUUUUUAACUACAAUUUUAUAAAGUAGUUCUCCACUUGACCAAAGUAAGGCCUGAAGAAAAUUCUGACUAAAAGUGUGUAGGAUUUAAAAAUCAAAGUGCAAUUUCUUUGCUGAAUACAUAUUGUGAUUAAUUUUUUGUAAGAUUAUAGAACAUUACAAACUUAACUCAUUUUUCAUAAAUUGUAUAUGUGUAUAACAAACGUCUUCACUGUGCAAAAACCACUAACAUUGUUUAUAUUGUGCAUUAUAUCUCAAAACACUGCCAAUUUGUAACAUAGAUAAAGAUAACGUUUCAAUGGUGUGUCUUUGUUUUUAUCUAUUUUCUUCCACUGCCAUGCAAGAACAUAUAUAAAUAUUUCACAUUUUUUUUAAGAAUAGCAAUGUAAUUUUAAAAUUAAAUAUAGGUUAGGCUUCUGUAAAAUAAAUAAAUGAUGUGUUUUACAUUUAUAGAGCGAGUAAAAAGCUAAUUGUUAUAAAUAAAGUUUGUAUUUAUUUUAUAUUAUUGUGGCUUUUUUUUACCAAUAUUGAGUUAUUUAUGUUGUAUAAGAAAUAAGUCUAGAGCACAACAUAUGAAGAAAUGUAAAGAUAAAGUUAAAAAAAUUUGAAAUUGUUUAAUAGAUACAAGAUAAAUAAAUGUGUUUUCUACGCCAAAAA